GAAAUUUCCAAUGAAAAAUCGAGACAUCGUUGCAUAUAAUUGUCAACUACACCCAUUAGUUUAGUUUGACAGUUCAUUAUAACGUUUCAUUAGUUGUUAAUAAAUGCAGUGCGUUAAAAGGCAUCUGUUAAUAAGCGUACUUUUAUAAAAACUUUACCAAUAGAAUCAUGCUUGUUUUAGUAUUGGGAGAUCUGCACAUUCCACAUAGGUGCAGUAGUCUUCCAAGCAAAUUUAAAAAGCUUUUGGUACCAGGUAGAAUACAACAUAUAUUAUGUACAGGUAAUCUUUGUACGAAAGAAUCAUAUGAUUAUUUAAAAACGCUGGCUAGCGAUGUACAUGUAGUAAGAGGAGAUUUUGACGAGAAUUUAAAUUAUCCCGAACAAAAAGUUGUUACCGUUGGACAAUUUAGAAUAGGAUUAUCACAUGGUCAUCAAGUUGUACCGUGGGGAGAUCCAGAAGCUUUAGCCUUGAUUCAAAGACAAUUGGAUGUUGAUAUUUUAAUAUCGGGUCAUACUCAUAAAUUUGAAGCUUAUGAGCAUGAAAAUAAAUUUUACAUUAAUCCUGGGUCAGCAACGGGUGCAUAUAAUCCCUUGGAUACAUCUGUCAUUCCAUCUUUUGUUCUAAUGGAUAUACAAAGUUCCACAGUUGUAACUUAUGUAUAUCAGCUAGUUGGAGAUGAUGUAAAAGUAGAGAGGAUCGAAUAUAAAAAGAGUUAAGUACUAUCUAUGAUUAUACAAAAAUGAAUUAAUUAUAAAAAUAAAACGAAAUCAUUAGCGACGGCUGGUUGGUUAAGUAUAGAAAAAGUAUGGUUUAUAUUGAACUUUACACUUGUAUUUGAAUUUCGUAAGAUUGAGAAUCAUGCGUUGCAUCUUAGACUUAUAUUUGACCGAAAUAUUUAAGAAAUUAUGCAAAACAUUGAAAAAUAUAUUAUACAUUUAUUGUAAAUAAAACUGUUUUAAAAUUAGACAAAUAUA